UUUUAGGUUGUCCGCAAUGGAAGAAAUUCAACUUGAAAAAACAAUUGGUCCGACUGGUUCAUCUGCAAAUAUCAGCAGGAAACGUGCAAAUGUGGCUGAUCACAAAAAUCAUGCAUUGCUUGAUUUUGUGGAAACAUUGGUAGAUCAUCAUCAAGAUUUGGUGAUACUAGAGACGGAUAACACUUUGGAAACUUUGGAUGUAAUGAUUGAAAUUCCAUCAUUUCAAUGCACAAAAUGCAGAAAGCAAGAAGUGAACGUCAGAGAUUUUGUAGAGCACUACCUUGAACACGAAGUCAAAGUGCACAGAGUAUCCUAUGAACAUUUGGGUGUUGUAAAGCCAGAGAUUAACGAUAAAAUCAAGGAAGUUGUUGCAACUGUUCAAAGCAAUGGAAACAUCAAAAAAAAAGUCACAAACAGUAAUUUCACCAUUCGUUGUUCCUUGGAUUCUCCACUUGCCUCGUUUUUGUCAAUGCAAUAUUUAAAAAUAUAUCUGGAUGAGGUGCCGUCAAAUAAAUCAUUUACUCGGAAAUAUGUGAAAGUUGAAUUGCAGCGCCCAGAAAAACAAUACAAUAUUCAUUUCGACUUCACGUUUAUUGAUAGAGCGGUUACAAGAAUAAAAACCGAGCGUGAGACGAAGAAACAAAAAAAAUUAGUGGAAUACUACGAGAAAAAAUGUCAACGAGCACAGGUUGCCGAAGAAGACCUGCUUUUUAAAAAGAACAGAACCGAAGAAGAAACAAAGUGCUUGGCACUUGCAUUGAAUUUACCGGAAAAUUUCACGCAUAUGCAGCUAUAUAUGGCUAUGAAAUCAAUGGCCGAUCAUAAGCCAAACCUUCCAGAAAACACUCUGAAAUAUGAUGCUGCAAUUGAUCAGGAGGGAAAUUAUAUGACAAAAGAGCAGCGAAAAUUGAUUUCAACGCUGUCAAACAACUUCAUGUACGUUUCGGGAAGCAAUCGUCGUUGCACCAGGAAGAAACCUGUCUCUUCAACCGAAUAAAUGACACGGACCAGAUAUUCUCAUUAGAUUCUCACGCGUAGUAUUUAUCUUAAAUUUUGUGAUAAUGAUUAAUACCACUCUCUUGUUUCUAUUCUUAUCAUACUUUAAACUUUUCUUGGUUCCUGCAUAUUACUUGAAACAUCUAUUUAUUCGAAUUUCAAUUGUUUGGCAAUUUACCCCGUUCAUCUCAGAUCAUAUAAUAUCUAUUUUAAAUGUGCUGUUUUCAAUCACCAAUUUAAAGGUGGACUACGCUCAGUGGGGAAAUUGCUUUAAAACAUGCCUAUGGUACCACAAUGACCGAAUAUCAUGAUAAAAAAAUUCAAAAAAAUGUUCUAGAUUUUAUAUGAUUUUUUCAAAAUUGAAAAAUCUCAGUUUUCACCUAACUAUUUUUGAAUUUCCGCCAAUUGGAUUUGUUUGGUGGAGCGCGCUUGCAUUAUUUUUAUCAAUUAAUUUUUUUUCUCGUUAUUUGACUGAUUUUCUUCAUUUUCUAUGAUUUUUCCUCGGAAAAUGGAAGAAAUAAACAAGAAAAAUCCAAAGUGUUUGUUAAAAAAUAAUUAAAAAUGCGUAAAACUAGGAUAUUUUGAGUUCCGACGACAACAAGCCUGAAAUUAGUAUAUUUUACAGUUUUACUCAUUUUCAAUUAUUUUUUAACAAUCAUUUUGCAUUUGUCUUGUUUAUUUCUUCCAUUUUCCAAGGAAAAAACAUAGAAAAUGAAGAAAAUCAGUGAAGUAAUGAGAAUAAAUAAAAUAAAUAAAUAAAAAUAAUGCAAGCACGCUCCACCGAACAAAUCCAAUUGGCGGAAAUUCAAAAAUAAUUAGGUGAAAACUGAGAUUUUUCAAUUUUGAAAAAAUCAUAUAAAAUCUAGAAAAUUUUUUUGAAUUUUUUAAUCAUGAUAUUCGGUCAUUUUGGCCCCAUAGGCGUGUUUUAAAGCAACUUCCCCACUGGUCCACCUUUAAUGGUGAUUGAAAGCAUUUUUAUUGUUUUUUCUGAUGUAAAAUUUGCUUUAUUAGAAUUGUAUCACAAAAUUGGAAAAUGAGAUCAAAAUUACAACGAUCACAACUGUUCUGCACCAUUCAAUAAAUUAUGAAAAAUAAAAAAUAAUCUAAGU